AUAAAUAUCAGCACAAUACUCUUCCGUUAAAUGUUCAGCCUAAAAGAACGACCUGUGUCUGGUGGAGCGUGAUUAGUCCCUCGGUCGGCUGUCUGUCUUGUCCAACCAGUCCCGUCACAACCUGAUUCCCACGCCCAUCACUAUUGUUUACCUUGACAACGGGCUUGUGACACGAGUGUCACCAAGACAGGUUAUAACGCUGUCACCCGAACCAUUUACCUCACUAUAACGCACCCGGAUCCAUUAUGGUUCUAAACAUUUCUGUGUCCAGACACUCAGCCAACAAAGAACCUCUUGUCAUACACAGACGGUAAAAAGGAAACCUGACUGUUGACAGUACAUUCAUGAAUGUUGUGUACACACGUCUGUCUUAUAGCGGGGCGAGAUCGCUAUACCUACAUCGACAGGAACUGUGGCAGUCAGGUUGUAGAACUGGGUAGAGAGACACUUAGAUCUAUACAUGAUGGGAAUCCUGGACGCUGUACCCGCAGUGGGCGUGUGUGAUGGUAGUUAAACCCGGUUGUUGACAGAUUCCUGGAUCGGCUCUCCUCACACAGAUUUCAGCUGAUAUGUCACGGUGUCAGUGAAGCAUGACACAGACACAGACUCGCAGUAAGAAACACAACAGAGCUGGUGGACUCCAUUACAACCCCGUGAGACACACAACAGAAGACUGUAGUGAUGGCUGAUCCUGCGGGCAGCCUGACAAUCUCCUGACAUUACAGUCCAUGUACCACGACUAUGCUCACUGUGGUGCAUGAAGGACAGAGCUGACCCUGGGUCAUCUGUGGGGUACAUUAUAACUGGAUGGGGGAGGUCUCGUGGACAAUGUGGGGCACGGGCUUCAGCCUGGCGAUCCUUGGAUGGCUACUACAUGCGUCCCGCGGUCAGACCCUCCGCACUGUACAAACUUGUACCAACUCUACCUCGGAAUCACUGAAGUUGACGUGUGAGACAGGGGAGAUAAUCCAUGUGGUCAGUGUCCAGUACCAGAACAUGACAGCAGAUUGUGAGUCUCCACCUGGUGGCAGCUGUGUGUUCCGUCAAGAGACUCAGGCUGACAGUCUGUACACAGAGUGUAACGGUGUGGCUACAUGUGAGAUGGAGGUGCAGAAGUUCUGGAUGGACGCAGUCUGUGGAGACACAACAAACUACAAAGCUGUCAUAUCCUAUGAAUGUAUAUCCGACGCCCCCAUUGAUGUCUGCAACAAUGUUACACAACUCUCCAAACAGAACGUCAACAGACUCUAUCUGGCCUCGCCCAAUUAUCCACGUCUGAACAUUGCAUCUUCUGGCACGUGCUCAUGUGACGUCACUGGUCAUAACUUGAGCGUGACUGUCCUUGAAUACUACUUCACCCUUCUGGGGGAUGUAAGAGCCAAUUUGACUCUGACUGGAGACACAUCCACCUGGACUUCUUUUACAGCGGGAAUGAUUGCCUACAACAGUUUAGUCAUGAACAGCACAGACAGUCUGAAGAUAGUCUUUGACGCAAUACCAGCUUCAGCAAAGAAAAAAGAAAUUUUGUGGUUGAAAGUAGAAGGUUCAUCCGCAAUACAAGUAGCAUGCAAUGGAAGUCCACCCCCGCCCUCCAUCACUCCAGCUACUACGGACAGGACAACCCACGAUACAGGUUCUCUCUCCUCUCUCACCACUUCUAACACCACUGUAGCUGUAGCUAGUACCUCGCCGGGCAGAACACAGAGACAACCAGACGGUGACAGUAGUACAGUUGCUGUUGCUGUGGGGUGCGUGUUUGCUGUCAUUGUUAUCGCUGCUCUCAUCGUCAUAGUUAUCUUCAUUAUGCUGAGAAGGAAGAGACUGAAACCCUAUCUCAGCUCAACACAGAAGCCAAGCAAUGGACGUAAGGAAGACGAAGCCCAUGAGAUGCCGCGCUACGUGACAGAUGUACCAUACUGUACCACCGCUGACCAGAUACGUCGACCACCCAGUGCCGAGUAUGCUGAACUGCACGCUCACGGAGCAAUCAAAGUUUACAAUGUCAAGGUCAGUGUGGCGAAUUCAGAUGGAAGAGAUCAAAGUUCUAGUUUAAGCGCUACCCCGGGUUCGGCUGUACCAUACACUUCAAAACGACUGGAGGAACUGUACGCCAAAGUCAUUCCUAAGAAAUUCAGGUCAACGAAGAACCGAGAUGAAGUGAAAGACAAAUCAACGAAAGACGAAACAAUAAGAGACAAAUCAGUGAGAGACGAGUCAGUGAGAGACAAGUCAGUGAGAGACAAAUCAGUGAGAGACGAAUCAGUGAGAGACGAGUCAGUGAGAGACAAGUCAGUGAGAGACAAGUCGGUGAGGGACAAGUCAGUGAGAGACAAAUCAGUGAGAGACAGUGUCCACGCUUACGACAAUGCUACCGAGGAGCAAGUGACAAAGCAGCGACCAGUCAGUAAAGGUGGAAGACAUGUAAGUGAACCUGACUAUCAGGAAAUAGGUGAGGUGUCUGAACAUACAACUAACCUACAAGCUGUACAGGAUCCCCCCGUGUUCCUUCCUCACCCCCCUCCAUCAUCUCCAUCUUCUGAUCAAGGUCUUCCUGUCCCGGAGACGUCGGAGGGAGCCGACAGAGAUGUCGAGGAAAUGAAGUCCGAUCAGAAGAAGAGGACGAAGAACAAGAGGAGAGAACGAAGCAAAUCAUCAGACAAUGGUGUGUCUUCCAAGGAGAAGAAAAGGAAGAAACGUAAAGGAAAGAUUUCCAAAUCAGAGAAAGAGAAAUCAAACAUUCAGUAUGAAGAAAUUGAAAUCCCUUCUGUCUAUAAAGAAGGUUCUGUGGAUCCUGCAAAUGCAUCAACGUCCCCCUCGACAGACUCCGGUAAUACGGACAACGUGAUGGUGGACAAUGACCUGUACGAGGGAGGUCCAGCCGACGGUCAACACACGGAGAGUUCCGGUGGUCAGCGUCCACAGAGUCAGCACUAUGAGGACAUCAGGCGCGGCGCUCACUCCGCACUGACGCAUGUUAACAUUGACAUGAAUCCUGGUCGGCCUCCUCCAUAUGAAGAAGUGACGAUUUGAAAUCCCACUAAGCCGAGAAGGUCAACAAACUGUCUGACUGAGUUUUAGUUUUAAGCCGCUUUUAACAAUAUUCCAGCAACAUCACGGUGAGGGACAUCAGAAAUGGGUUUCACACAUUGUACCCAUAUGGGGAUUCGAACCCGGGUCCUCGGCAGAAGGUCAACAAAGGCCCCAGUGAUGUGAGACUACUCACCACAAGGUGGUCUCAGGUAUCAAGUUGUAAAUCCCAAACGAAAUACUGGUUUACGUGUUCUGACCGGGAACAGCAUAAUAUGUAUAUAAAUUGUGUAACAGAGGCAAUGCUGAAAGUUAAGACUUACGAUAUUGAAAUGAGAUUUCAUUGCAUAACAACCUUGCCCAUGCAUUGUUCUGUUGGUGUAUAAAACCAAUUAAGUGACCUCGUACGACAGACAUGGGACCAUAUGUGACUCGGAGUGCCUACGAUGGCGUGUCUAUGUGUACAUGUGUC